CUGUCACCAUCUGAACCGGAAGUCAGACGGUGGCAGCUCGGUAGUCCGGGUUCGGAUCUUUGCGUCAUGGUGUUCGAGUCCCUGGUGAGCGACCUGCUCAACAGGUUCAUCGGGGACUAUGUGGAGAACCUGGACAAGUCUCAGCUGAAGAUCGGGAUCUGGGGAGGAAACGUUGUUCUGGAGAACCUGAGGGUGAAGGAGAACGCUCUGAGUGACUUCGAUGUUCCCUUCAAAGUGAAAGCAGGACAGAUCGGGAAGUUGACGUUGAAGAUUCCCUGGAAGAACCUUUACAACGAUGCUGUGGUCGCCACGUUGGACGGUCUGUACCUGCUGGUGGUUCCUGGAGCCACGAUCAAGUUCGAUGCGGCGAAGGAGGAGCGUCACCAGCAGGAGGCGAAGCAGCGAGAGCUGCAGCGCAUCGAGGAGGCGUUACAGAUGGCUGCACGCAGAGAAAAACCUCAGGAGGAGAAAAAAGACACGUUAAUGGAAAAACUGGCGACGCAGGUUAUUAAAAACCUUCAGGUGAAGAUCAGCAGCAUCCACCUGCGCUUUGAGGACGACCUGUCGGACCCAGAGCACCCCCUCUCUGUGGGAGUGACCCUGUCCGAGCUCAGCCUACUGACGACUGAUGAGAACUGGAAGUCGUGUAUCCUUAACGAAGCAGCAAAGAUCAUCUAUAAGCUCGGGCGUCUCGAGUGUCUCUGUGCCUACUGGAACGUCAACAGUCCCAUAUUUUACAAAGGAUCAUGGGAGGAAAUUGUGACUCAGUUGAAGUCUGGGAUCAGCAGCUCAGACCAGCAGCUUCAUCACUACCAAUACAUUUUCAAGCCGAUCUUUGCUUCUGCUAAAAUGUGCAUCAACCCGAACGCGGAGCUGGAACUGAAAACCCCGAAAGCAAAGCUUCACCUGGAGGUUCAGAACAUCGCCAUAGAGAUGACCAAACCACAGUACCUGUCCAUGGUGGAUCUGCUGGAGUCUAUCAACUGUAUGGUGAAGAACGCCCCCUACAGGAAGUUCAGGCCUGAAGUCUCUGUUCACAAAAACACAAAACUCUGGUGGAGGUACGGCCUCGACAGCAUCCUGGAGGUCCACAUCCGGCGCUACAGUCGCAUGUGGUCCUGGUCCAACAUCAGACUCCACAGAGAGAACCUGAAGAAGUACAAGUCCGUCUUCAAGACCAAACUCAGUCAGGGCAAGUCGAGUCCGGACACAGAGCGACACAUCCAGGAGCUGGAGAAAGUUCUGGACGUGUUCAACAUCACUUUGGCUCGACAGCAGGCUCAGAUGGAGGUGAUCAGGUCCGGGCAGAAGGUGGUGGCGAAGAAAGCGGCGGGGGGGCAGAAGCAGGGGGGAGGUUUCUUCAGCAGCUUGUUUGGGAGAAAGGCUAAAAAGGAGGAACAGGAGCAGGAGGAGAGCAAGGAGACGGAGAGUUCAGGACUCGACGAACUCAUGACGACUGACGAGAAGGAAAAACUCUACUCCGCCAUCGGGUACAGCGGCAGCUCCCACAGCCUGACGCUCCCCAAGCAGUACGUAGCCGUGGUCGUCAGCUUCCAGCUGUUGAGGACUUCGGUGACCCUCAGAGAACUGCCGGACGUCCCAGAGAUCCUGAAGAUCCAGAUGAUCGACCUCAGCACCAAGAUAUCUCAGAGACCUGGAGCUCAGGCCAUCAGGGUGGAGGCGGCGCUGGAGCACUGGUAUGUUACUGGUUUGCUGCAGCAGAGGGCGAUACCUUCUCUCAUCGCCUCAGUCGGAGACUCCUCCUCAUCUCUGCUCAACGUUGUGUUUGAGUUGAACCCAGAGGAGAGCGCCGCCGACCAGCUGAUCAGAGUCCAAUCACAGCCGGUGGAGAUCAUCUACGACGCGCUGACGGUCAACAGCAUGGUGGAGUUCUUUCAGACGGGGAAAGGUGUCGACCUCGAGGUCCUGACCUCGGCCACUCUCUCAAAGCUGGAGGAGAUCAAAGAGAAAACAGCCACAGGUUUGUCUCACAUCAUUGAGACCAGAAAAGUUCUGGACCUGAGGAUUGACCUGAAGCCGUCCUACCUGCUCAUCCCAAAGUCUGGCUUCUACAGCGACCAGUCGGACCUCAUCAUCGUGGACUUUGGCAGUUUACAGUUGAACAGCGUGGAUCAGAGCAGCUUUAGUUCGUCUACAUCGUCCUUCUCGUCUCUAGAGGAGAUCAUGGAUCGAGCCUAUGAGAGAUUCAACGUAGAGCUGAGACGAGUCCAGGUCCUGUACAGCAAGUCAGGUGAGGUGUGGAAGUCGGCUCGUCUUCAGGGUUCCUCACUUCAACACAUCCUCCAACCGAUGGACUUCACCCUCCACCUGGCGAAGUGCAUGGUGGCCAAAGACGCCAGGAUGCCCAGGUUCAAGGUGUCUGGGGAGCUGCCGCUGCUUCAUGUAAAGAUUUCGGACCAGAAAAUCCAGAACGUUUGGGAGCUGGUCCAAAGCAUCCCCCUGCCAGACAUGGGCUCCUCCCCCUCCACCCCCACAGAGAAGGUUCGGUCAUUGGCUGACGUCAGACCACGAGCGCUCAGCCUCCCCCCCGCCCUCCUGGACGCCAUGGAAACCGACUCUGAUGAAGACGUCAGUGAGAAGUCGACUGAUGAAGACCUGCAGCGCUCGGCUCUGGAGGAACUGAUCGACCUUCACUUCCAGUUCGAGGUCAAAGAGGUGCUGCUGGAGCUGACGCGGCAGGAGGACGAGGAGAAAACCGUCUUGUCCCUCAGUGUCUGUCAGCUCGGGGCUGAAGGGAAGAGGCGGAGCUUCGACCUGAGCGCCACCUCAUACCUGCGCAGCGUCACACUGGACUACUGUGGAGGUCCGAACUCUAACCACUGUUUGUUAUCUGAAUGUCAAGAAGAUGACAGGACUCGUCCUCUCCACCUGAUCAGUUCUUCAGAGCAGAAGAGUUCAAACCUGCUGAAGGUCGAGUUCACCAAGGCCGACCCCAAAGGGCCGAGCUUCCAGACUCUGUUCGACAACACUGAGCAGACACUGAAGGUGGAGUUUUCCUCUCUGGACUUCCUCCUUCACACUAAAGCUCUGCUCUCGACCAUCAACUACCUGAACAGCGCCCUGCCGUCAGAUCUCAGCACCGCCCGAGACCGAGACUCCAAGAAACAGGUGGAGAAGACAGGCCCGGGGCGGACAGUGUCUAAAGGAGUCAAAGAUGGCGGCGUCUACAGCUUCAAGCUGUUUGCUGUGUUGGGUUGUUUCCACGUGGAGGUGUGUGACGACCGCUGCAGCAUCGCUGACAUCAGAGUCCAAGGAAUCGAUGCGUCAGUGUUGGUGCAGGCGAAGGAGACCGAGGUGUUCGCUCGACUCCGAGACAUCGUGGUCACGGACGUCAACCUGAAAACCGUCCACAGGAAGGCUGUGUCCAUCAUGGGUGAAGAGGUGUUCAGCUUCAAACUGGUGUUGUGGCCGGGGGCGACGGAGGGGGACGGCUACAGAGACAUGUCCAAGGUGGACGGGAAGGUCUCCAUGCGUCUGGGCUGCAUCAACAUCGUCUACCUGCACAAGUUCCUCAUGUCGCUGCUGGCUUCUUUUUGUUUUCAGUACUCGUCUGCUGAUCAGAUGUUUGUAGACAACUUCCAGACGGCUAAAGAAGCUCUGAGCGCCGCCACGGCUCAGGCCGCGGAGAAGGCGGUGUCCAGCGUUCGAGACUUUGCCCAGAAGAGCUUCCGUCUGUCCAUGGACAUCAAGCUGAAGGCGCCACUCAUCAUCAUCCCCCAGUCGUCCACCUCCCAGAAUGCAGUUGUGGUGGAUCUAGGUCUGAUCACGGUGGAAAACAGCUUCUCUCUGCUUCCUGUUGAAGGUUUCUCUCUGCCGGCGGUGGUGGAGAAGAUGAACGUGAAGCUGACGCAGCUGAAACUCUCCAGAACCGUUCUGAGGCCGGACUCCUCUCAGCUCAUCUCCUCAGACAUCGAGAUCCUUCAGCCAAUCAACUUGGAGCUGCUCGUCACCCGGAACCUUGCAGCUUCCUGGUUCACAGAGAUCCCUGCGGUCCAGGUCCAGGGAGUCCUGCGCUCGCUGGAGAUGAGCCUGAGUGAGGAAGACCUCGGCGUGCUGAUGAAGAUCCUGGUUGAGAACAUCGGUGAAGGAAGUAAAGAGCACGACAUGGACGUCAAAAGUCGGGCGGCUCAAGAGAGGGCGGUGCUUGCUGAGCAGCAGGUGGAGGUGAUGUCACCACAGUCGGGAUCUGCUGUGACCCCGCCCACUAUUGGAGGUCCGACUGAAAACAUCAUCAACGUCCUGCUGAACUUUGAAAUCAAAGAGGUGCUGUUGACCCUGAAGAAGCCCAGAGAGAAGACGGAGACGCCCUUCCUCGUCCUUCACGCCGCUCACCUGGGCAUCGACACCAAAGUGAGGAAGUACGACAUGUGUGCCAGCACGUACAUCAAGAAGAUCACCAUGAAGUGCCUGGAGUUCAAAGACUCGAGUGGCGAGCCGCUGUGUCUGGUCAGCUCGUCGGUGGAGUCCGGAGCCGAGCUGCUCAAAGUGCAGUACUUCAGGGCCGAUCGUUCUGCACCAAACUUCUCCACCAGCUACAAGAACACGGAGCAGAUGAUGAAUGUGACCUUCACCUCUCUAAACUUCCUGCUUCACACUGAGGCUCUGCUCUCUGCCAUCGACUUCCUGUCCACUGCCCUGAUGUCUGACAGCAUGAUGUCCUCUGACAGGGACGUCAAACCAAAGACAGACGAAAAGACGCCUUCUGCCAAGUCCACUGCCACGAUGUCACCUGCAGACAGUGAUGUCAUCGACCUGAAGGUGAUGAUGUCACUGGGUGCCUUCAAUGUGCUAGUGUGUGACCAGAGCUGCAACAUGGCCGACAUCAAGAUCCAGGGUGUUCACGGAUCUUUAGUGAAACAAGGAGCUCAGACGUUUAUUUCAGCUCGACUCCGAGACGUCGUCGUCCUGGACGUUGAUUCUCAAACCAUCCACAGCAAGGCUGUCUCCAUAGUGGGGGACGAAGUCUUCAGCUUCUCCAUGAGUCUGACUCCGAACGCCACCGAGGGCGCCGGCUACACCGACACGUCUCAGACUGACGGCAAAGUGAAGCUGAACGUCGGCUGCAUCCAGGUGGUUUAUCUGCACAAGUUCUUCAUGUCUCUGCUGAACUUCAGCAGCAACUUCCAGACGGCGAAAGAAGCUCUGAGCGCCGCCACGGCUCAGGCGGCGGAGAAGGCGGCUUCCAGCGUUCGAGACUUUGCUAAGAAGACUUUCCGCCUGUCCAUGGACAUCAAGCUGAAGGCGCCACUCAUUGUCGUCCCCCAGUCCUCCACCUCCCAGAAUGCACUGGUGAUGGACCUGGGUCUGAUCACGGUGGGUAACAGCUUCUCUCUGCUUGCUGUGGACGGGUGUCCGCUGCCGGCGGUCGUGGACAACAUGGACGUGGAGCUGACGCAGCUCAAACUGUCGAGGACCUGUUUGGACCUGGAGUCCGGUCGACCCAGCAUUGAGCUGCUGGAACCCGUCAACCUGCACCUGAACAUCAAGAGGAACCUCGCUGCUUCCUGGUACAAGAAGAUGGCGGCUGUGGAGAUCGACGGGGACCUGAAGCCCAUGAUGGUGGAGCUAAGUCAGGAGGACCUGAAGGUGCUGCUUCGGAUCCUGAUGGAGAAUCUGGGAGAGGCUGGGAGUCUGCAGCCGACCGCCCCCAAACAGGAGAUCAGUCUGCCUGUCCGAGCAGCGGGAGCGCCCCCUGCAGAUGUUGUGAAGUCGAGUGUGAGCACGAGUGAAGAAGAGGAUGAAGCUCUGGAGUCCGUCAAGUUCCAGUUCAACAUCGAGUCUCUUGGUCUGGUUCUGUACCGUGACGACCCACAGCAGCCUCUCCAGCUCCAGCACCUGGAGAACCUCAGACUGGGCGAGUUCACCCUCCGGUCCCUGAGGACGUCGGGGGGGAUGUUUGCCAGCGGCAGCAUGGAGGUGACCACGGUGCUGACGGACUGCACGCUGGACGACCUGAGGUCCGGCAUGGAGAGGGUGACCUCACGCAUGGUGAGACGGAGGGACGAGUCGAGCUCGGAGACCAUGAUCGACGUGACGUACCGGCAGGGCGCCGCCGAGCGGGGGGUGGUGGCGGUUCUGCAGAAGCUCUACCUGUGUGUCAGCGUGGAGUUCCUCAUGGCCGUGGCAGAUUUCUUCCUGCAGGCUCUGCCACAGGAUUCAGCCCUGACCAGCGCCCCAGCCCCAGGGGACAGACUGCCGCUGAGACAGACUGCAGAGCCCCGAGCCGACGCCAAGACCGCCGGCGCGGUCAGGACCCGUCUGCGGGCGGUGGUCGUGGACCCGGAGGUGGUGUUCGUGGCCAGCCUGAUGAAGGCCGACGCCCCCGCCCUGGUGGCCUCGUUUCAGUGCGACUUCAACCUCCAGGUCGAAGGCGACGGAUCCCAGAACAUGAAAGCAAACCUGAGGGAGCUGAAGGUCCUGGCGUGUCCGUUCAUCCGGAACGAGGCGGGCAAAGCCGUCACCACCGUGUUGAAACCCUGCUCCGUUGUUUUGGAAACCAGAACGCACCCCCACCAACCGCUGAGCGGCUCAGUGACGGUGGAGGAAGUCAUCGUCAAGAUCUCCCCGUUCAUCAUCAACACGGUGAUGACCAUCACUGCCGCCAUGACGCCGAAGCAGCCUGACGAGCAGAGUCCAGACGCAGUGGGAGUCACUGACCUGUGGUCAGUCAUGAACAUCUAUGACUGUAACUACUGGUUCCUGGGAGUGGAUCAGGCCAUGGAGGUCACCGAGAGCUUCACCGAGCCCGACGGACGCAACCAGGGAGAGAGCUUUGCUGCAGAGGUCAAGGUGGUGCAGGUGACUCUGGAGUCUGGGUUGGGUCACCAGACCGUCCCUCUGCUGCUGGCCGAGUCCUCCUUCAACGGAUCGGCCAAAAACUGGUCUUCUCUGCUGCAGCUGAAGGCCACCAUGACGCUGGAGGUGAACUACUUCAAUGAGAUCCACGCCGUGUGGGAGCCUCUGAUCGAACGAGUCGAUGGCGGCAGCAGGAGAUGGAACCUGGAGCUGGAGAUGAAGAACAACCUGCUGCAGGACAAGAGUCCAGUUCAUGGAGACGACUUUGUGAUUCUUCCUGAACCUCGAACAGCGAUUCACAUCUGCUCCAAAGACACCAUGAACGUGACCGUGUCUCAGAGCAGCCUCAACGUCUUCCAGAACCUCACCAAGGCUUUCUCUGAGGGCACAGCCUCCACCUUUGACCCGUAUCUGAAGGAGAAGGCCCCCUUCACCAUCAGGAACUCUCUUGGGAUCCCUCUCAUCGUGCAGCACAGCGCCACCCUCAGGCUGGUGGGAGUAUCAUCACAGGGGAAACUUCACGAGCUGGCGGUGGAUCAGAGCCUGGACCUGGAGCACUCCAUGAUCCGUCCGUCCUCACGAGGCAAACUGUCGGCGCUGCAGCGGCAGGAGAGCUGCCUGUUCCACCUCACCAUAGUUCCCAGCGGAUACAGCGAGAUCGCCAGCGUGGCCGUGGACAAACCAGGUCGUCGUCUCUACAAUGUCCGCGGCCCGAUGCUGCAGGAGGCGGUUUCUGUUCUGCUGCAGAUCGACGCCGCCGAGGGAAACAAGGUCAUCACCAUCCGCUCGCCGCUGCAGAUCAAAAAUCACUUCUCUGUGCCGUUCACCGUCCUGAGGUACUGUCCGGUGUCCCGCGGUCUGGAGCGCGUGGGACAGGCCGAGCCGGGGACAGAGUUUCACGUCGCCUUGGAAACAUACAGGUGUCAGCUGUUUGUCCGUCCAGCCGGUCCACUGGAUGGACAGUACGGAGCGUCCUCCACCUGCGUGUCCUGGAAGGAGCAGGUGCACCGCAGCUCCGAGGUGCGCUCACUGCUGCAGUGUCCUGCGGCUGACAGCAGCCUGCUGCCGCUCAUGGUCAGCACGCUGGCCGUCCCAGACGACCUGCGACACAUCGCCAGCCACGGAGAAGACGACUGGGACCCGGCCUACAUCAUCCACCUCCACCCGGUGGCCACGCUGCGCAACCUGCUGCCCUACACGCUCCGCUACAUGAUGGAGAGCUCCGCGGACUCGUACGAGCUUCAGGAAGGUGGAACCUCCGACCUCCUGAACGCCCGUGUCUCAGGUGAGAUCAUGUCUCUGGUGCUCAUGAGGUAUCAGGGUCGCGACUGGCACGGACACGUCCGCAUCAGGCAAGACAUGCCGGAGUUCUUCCACCUGACUCUCACCUGCGACUCGGACGCCAGCCUGACGGUGGACGUGAGCGUGCACGUGACCAGGACCACGAGCACGCUGCUGCUGUCGCUCUUCAGCCCGUACUGGAUCAUCAACAAGACGUCCCGCGUGCUGCGGUACCGAGCCGAGGACGUCAGCGUCAAGCACCCGGCGGACUUCAGAGACAUCGUGCUGUUCUCCUUCAGGAAGAAAACUGUGUUCAGUAAGAGCAAGCUGCAGCUCUCUGUCUCCACCAGCUCCUGGUCCGAUGGUUUCUCCCUCGACACCGUCGGGAGUUACGGUUGUGUCAGUUGUCCUGGCGACAACAUGGACUUUCUGGUGGGCGUCAGCAUCCAGCUGAGCAGCUUCAACCUGACGAGGAUCGUCACCAUGAGUCCGUUCUUCACACUCGUCAACAAGUCUUCCUAUGAGCUGGAAGUGGGAGAGGUCCUCCCCACGUCCACCAGGUGGCACUACAUCUCCUCCACAGAGUGCCUCCCCCUGUGGCCGGAGAACCCCUCGGGGAAGUUGUGCGUCCGUGUUGUCGGAUCUGAAUCGGCCUCCAAGUUUCUGUUCUUCAACCGACAGGACAGUGGCACGCUGAUGAGCCUGGACAUGUGUGUUGGAAUCAUCGUGGACGUCAGCAUCUCCGAUCACUCAACCGUCAUAAGCUUCACUGAUUAUUAUGAUGGAGCCGCUCCUGCUCUGAUGAUCAACCACACACCCUGGGUCACCAUCAGCUUCAGACAGAGCGGCUCGACGGUGGCUCAUGAGCUGAAACCGGGUCAGGCGCGGCGGUUUGUGUGGGACGACCCGGCGGGCGUCCGAACCCUCAGCUGGAGCUGCAUGGAGCAUUCAGGAGAACUGGACCUGCUGAAGGACGAUGUGGGUCAGUUCUCCUACGACAGCCUGUCUCAGGUCCACUGGGUGUCCUUCCUGGACGGACGGCAGCGGGUGGUGCUGUUCACCGAAGACGUGGCCGUGGUGUCCAAGGCUCGACAGGCCGAGGAGCUGGAGCAGUUUCAACAGGAAGUGAAAGUGUCGCUACAGAACCUUGGACUCUCUCUCAUCAACAACACCAAUCAACAGGAGAUAGCCUACGUUGGCAUCACCAGCUCAGGCGUGGUUUGGGAGAUGAAGCCGAAGAAUCGUUGGAAACCGUUCAGUCAGAAAAACAUCAACCUUCUGGAGAAACUGUACCAGAGUCAGCUGAGCAGCAAGACAGAGGGAGGCUGGGUCAGACUGGAGAGCAGCCUGGAGGUGAACCUCAGCAGCGCCAUCAUGAUGAUGCGUCAGCCGAUUUCCUGUCAGGUGAGGAGGAACUUCCUGUCUGGGAUCCAGGUGGAGUACAAGCAGUCGCUGCAUCAACGCAGCCUGAGAGCUCAGCUGCACUGGUUACAGGUUGAUAAUCAGCUUCCUGGUGCCAUCUUCCCGAUCGUCUUUCAUCCAGUUUCUCCUCCAAAAUCCAUCGCUCUGGAUUCAGAGCCGAAGCCGUUCAUCGACGUGUCCAUCAUCACCAGGUUCAACCAGCACAGUAACGUCAUGCAGUUCAAGUAUUUCAUGGCUCUGGUUCAGGAGAUGGCAGUGAAGCUGGAUCAGGGUUUCCUAGGCGCCAUCUUGGCUCUAUUUGCUCCGGCUGCUGACCCCCAGGCCGACAAGCAGAAGUCCCGGCUGCUGGACAGAGAUCUGCAGCUGCUGCAGGCCGAGCUGAUGGAGGCUUCGCUCAGCGACACGUCGGGACUGAGCUUCUUCGAACAUUUCCACAUCUCCCCCAUCAAGCUUCACCUCAGUCUGUCUCUGGGCUCCAGCGGGGACGACGUCUCUCAGGAACCAGCAGCCGUCCAGUCUCUGAACUUGUUGUUGAAAAGUCUCGGAGCUUCGCUGACGGACGUCGACGACCUCAUCUUCAAACUGGCGUUCUUCGAGGUGAAGUUUCAGUUCUACCGCAGAGAGAAGCUGAUGUGGGCGGUGGUCCGACACUACACCGAGCAGUUCCUGAGGCAGAUGUACGUUCUGGUUCUGGGUCUGGACGUCUUGGGAAAUCCGUUCGGACUGAUCCGAGGUCUGUCUGAGGGAGUGGAGGCCUUCUUCUACGAACCUAUCCAGGGAGCCGUUCAGGGUCCAGAGGAGUUUGCUGAAGGUUUGGUGAUCGGCGUUCGCAGCCUGUUGGGUCACACUGUCGGGGGAGCUGCAGGUAUGGUGUCCAGGAUCACAGGCUCGGUGGGUAAAGGUCUGGCCGCCAUCACGAUGGAUAAAGAGUAUCAACAGAAACGGCGAGAGGAGAUGAACCGGCCGUCCAAAGACUUCGGAGCGAGUUUGGCUAAAGGAGGAAAAGGACUGUUGAAGGGAGUCGUGGGUGGAUUCACUGGCAUCGUCACCAAACCUGUGGAAGGGGCGAAGAAGGAGGGCGCCGCCGGCUUCUUUAAAGGAAUCGGUAAAGGUUUGGUGGGCGUGGUCGCGCGGCCGACAGGCGGCAUCGUGGACAUGGCGAGCAGCACCUUCCAGGGCAUCCAGAGAGUGGCAGAGUCAACAGAGGAAGUGACCAGACUUCGUCCGGUGCGUCUGAUCCGGGAGGACGGGAUCAUUCGACCUUACGACCUGACGGAGUCUCAGGGCUUUGAUCUUUUCCAGCGUUCACAAAUCCAACAGUUGGACGGAGAAGUUUUCAGACGUCACUGUCUCUAUCCCGGACACAGCAAGACCAACAUCAUCAUCACCAACAGGAGAGUCAUGUGCGUGAAGGAGAUCAACUUUGUCGGCCAUUUUAACAAAGAGUGGGAGUGUUUGUUUGAGAACUUCUAUCGUCCUCCGGCCGUGAUGGGAUCUGAGCUGAACCUCUACUGCAGGGAGCAGCAGAAGUUAAAGUUGCCAAAGAGAGAUGAGGAGUCGGUGAGGAAGCUUCAGCUCAGAGACACAAACACUGCUCAGGCGCUGCAGGCGGCCAUAUCAGACGCUCAGGCGGCGCAGAAGCAGCAUCGCAUGGCGAGACAGAAAUCACAGCGCUUCCUGAAACCGGACAACAAGCAGUGAGGUCACUUCCUGUCAGCGGGUGUCACUUCCUGUCAGCGGGUGUCUUUGUUUGAAUAUAAGAUAUUAAAGAGGAUUUUUAUGAAAUGUUGAGCUGUGCCUUUAAGUGUAGAAACAGAUCCAGACUGACUUCCUGUUUACACAUCUGCAACCAUCCAAUCAGAGCUCACUUUGCACUUUUUCAGUAAGGUUUAAUUGAAUAGCCUCAUAAAACUUUAUUGUUUAUAUGUAUUGAGACAUUAGACCAAUCACUAGUGGACAGGAAGUUGUUUAUAAAAAAAAAUUAAAGCUUAGUUGUUAUUGGGCUUUUACUUAAUGGAGGAAUUAUGAAUGUUGUUUAACUUCCUGUUUAAAAAUCAGUCGCUACUGAAGGAAAUUCUAAAUAUAUCAAAUAUUUUUAUCUGUUGUCAUCAGAGAAAUGUUUUUAUUUUAUUUUAAUAGGAUUAUUUUGACCACUUGGGGCUGCGGGUUAUCUAGGUCCCUGCUGUUUGCCAGCAGGUGGCGCUGUCACGUGUUUAAGAUGAAGUUGUAAAAUGAGGUGUUGCACUAAAAUCUUUCCAGAGAGAAGAAUCAGUUCCACUUGUUUAUGAACUGCUUGAUUUAUUUUCAUCUGUUUCUGUCUUUGUUGUUGUUUACAUCUGAAGAUCAAAGGUCAAAUAAAAAACCUGCUCUGAAGCCAAAGAGAUUUUUAAAAGAC